AUGUCUCAAAUCCAAGGUCCUUUGGAUGUUCGUAUUACAUUAGCUCCUAUCCAAAUUAUGUGGCUCAAAGACCAACAGUCCAUGAUUAACGAUAUAUUAAAGAAGUAUGAGCCGGCACCUGAAGAUCAACCAUCCCCCUUAUCCCACAUAGACGAAUACGAACAAGACCGUAGAGCCUGGGAUUGGCAUGUUCUUAUUAGUGGUAGAGUGACUGCGGCCGCGAGAGACAUGUCUAUUCCCGAAUGGGCUAUCCCAAAUGUGAAGGCUAUUUGGGAUGCUCGAAGGAACAUUUAUGGAAAAGGACCACUUCUGUUCACUGCCCCGGAGGCCAUCCCUGGCCAACAAACCGGCGCUAAUUAG